GCAAUUAGCGACUAGUUAUCCUUCUUCGCAUCUCAGAUGAUAAGUUCUCAGCCAAGCAGUCGAGGUGCCAAAGAUGUGAAUCAUGAAGAAAUCGUAGUACAGGAGGAGAUGAGAGGUUAGGGUUUAGAAUCAUGAAGAACGAGUGAGAGGAGGAGAUCGAGAGAGGCAAAAUCAUGAAAUUACGGUUUGACAUCAUCAGUCGACUAAGGAACAGCUCCUUGCUCCUCUUCCAAUUCCCUCUCCAGUCUCCAUGGCGAAGGUCCAUCCCAACGCGACAGCCGUUCAGGAUGAAAAAACGCCGGAGAUCUCCGUCGUCCGGAAGGAGGGCGGCGGAGCGUCGUCGCUGACAGUUUGGCGGAAGUCUUUGUUGUUCGGUUGCAGCGGGUUCACCGUCUUCGACUCGAAGGGCAAUUUGACGUUUAGAGUCGACGUCUACGGCUCCGCCGUCGGUGUCCUCGUCCUCAUGGAUCGUUGUGGCAACCCAGUGCUCACCCUCCGUCGAAAGAAGCUGAGCCUGGGAGAGACGUGGUUGAUAUUUAAGGGCGAGGAGGACUCCGUCGACCCGGUUUUCUCCGUCAAGCGGCCGGUGAGCCUCCGCCACGGCAGGGCGCUGGCGCACGUGACGCCCUGCCACAACAGCGGCGGCGGCGGGUACCAGGUCGAGGGGUCGUACGCGCGGCGGAGCUGCCGCGUCUACGACGAGUGCCGGCGUGCGGUAGCGGAGGUCCGGCGGAAGGAGGCCGCCGGCGGCGUGGCCUUCGGCGGCGACGUGUUCCGUCUCGUGGUCGAGUCGGAUUUCGACUCGUGUCUCGCGAUGGCAGUCGUGAUCGCGCUCGACCAGAUGUUUGGGUGAUUAGAUGUUUUUAAUAUCUUCUAAUCAUCAGUUAAUAAAUCGGCUAGAAAAAUAAUAAAAAAAUGAGAGUGUGUAUAUAAAUUACCUCGUUUUAACAUAAAUACGCCAAUAAUUAACCAAAUCUCAGCUGUUUAA